AUGCCUGAUCCAAUCCGAAUUGCGCUAUUUGGUCUGUCCGCCGAUCCAAAGGCGUGGGCAAACGGGACCCAUCUACCUGCCCUCAAGAACAAUCCUCACUAUCGUAUUGUUGCCCUCGUCAACUCCAGUGUUAGUUCAGCCAGGACUGCAAUCGAAAAACAUGGGCUAGAUUCCGAUGUCAAGGCGUACGACAAUCCUCAAGAUGCCGCCGAUGAUCCGAACGUGGAUCUUGCCGUCAUCAGCGUCAAUGUUGCUUCACACUACAAGCUCGUCAAACCUUGUAUUCUUGCAGGCAAGGAUAUCUUCGUUGAGUGGCCUUUGGCAGCAAACACCCAGCAGGCAAAGGAGCUCACUGAACUUGCGAAAGUGCAUCAAGUGAAGAACAUAGUCGGAUUGCAAGAACGAAUUGAUCCGUGUUUUUUGAAGAUCAAGGAAAUUAUCGACAGUGGAAAGAUCGGCAACGCCUUGAACACUACAAUUAAUGCACGCGGAAUGGUUCUGGGGCCCGGUCCAGUUCACCAGAGGAUUCAGUAUUUCUUGGAUGAUGAAUCCGGAGGAAACUUGCUGACAAUCCCAUUCCUCCAUUUGAUGGACGGUGUCUUCAGCAUCCUUGGCAAGCCAAAGAACUAUCAGACAUUGCUGCAUAAGGGGAUGCCUCCUCGAAACAUCGUGGAUGAUGACGGAAAAGUCGUCGUGGCGGACUAUGAUGGCACCGCUCAUGACCAGAUUGCCUUCCACGGCAUCUUGCAAGGUGGCACCAUGAUCACGAUGCAAUACCGACAGGGCGGUACUAUGGACCAGGGGCUGCGCUGGUAUAUCUACGGUACCAAGGGCGAGAUCGAGAUUACGAGUUCACAACCUUAUAUCGCUUUCAUACCCGAGUCUGUUAAAAUCAGGGUGCAUGAAUGGGCUACGGAUACAAUUACAGAUGUACCAGUGGUGCGGCCCGAUCACUUCCCGUCUGAACUUCAAGGUGCAUCGAUUGAUCUUUACGGUCUGUAUGAGGCUUUCUGGAAUAAUGAGGUGGAGAAAUUUGCUAGCUUUGAGGACGCUGUGGAGAUGCACGCUUUCUUGGACGAGGUGCGAUCGAAGGAUCAAGAGAGAACUGUGUAA